GAUAACAUUGGCCAUCGGCUACUACAGAAACAUGGCUGGAAGCUGGGACAAGGCCUUGGCAAAACGAUGCAGGGUAAGGUUUGUAGGAUCCUCCCCUGCCCUUUUUGUGUGUCUGUGUAUAUAUGUGCGUGUGUGUGUGUGUGUGUGUGUGUGUGGAUGUUUUGCCGAAAAUGAAGUCCCUUUACAGUGUAGCUUAACGGCCUCUCUUAGUUCCCUCCUGUAAGCUUACAAUCACUAAACUUUCUCUGCCCAGAAUGCCAGCGCUACAAUUCUAAACUCACACCAGAUUUAUAACUGUGUAGCUCACUGUAGGACCAAUGACAGUCUUGCUGAUUUUGCUCACCCUUGACAGAAUAGUCAUUUUUUUUUGUCAUCCGUCAGUUUUUCUGGCUGUGACGAGGGUGUUUCUUUGAUUGGCUCUGAACAUGAGAUUCGGGUCCGCUGAUUGGCUUUAAACUCAUCUCUGCCUUUACCUCUCCCAUGAUGUUUUUUUUUUUUUUUUUUUUUUGAAUAGCUUGCAGAAUGAGCCUGAAUCUCCGCCCAUUUCCCCUCCCUCUUCCUUCGCCUCUCAGCCGCUCUGUCGGUUUGCUUGUGUCCACUUUUGUGAAGUGACCGUACACGUGGUAACGUGGGUGUGGUAUUUCCAUGUGGAGUGCGUGUGUGUGUGUGUGUGUGUGUGUGUGUGUGUGUGCGAGUGUCUCACUGGUGAGGGGGUGGGGGUUCAGGUGUUCGGCUUGCCAGGGUAAAAAAAAAAAAAAAAACCUCACACCAUCCUGCCUGCAUAUAUGUCUGUGUGUGUGUGCGUAAUAUAUCUAUAUAUAUUUAUAUGAACAAGCAUCCUGCCAACUCUUCUCCCCUGUCCUGCAAAGCAUGCUGGUUUUCACCUCUCCGACUUGCAAAUCUCGAGUUUUAAGCAGUGUGAGAACGGUUUUAGAAAGCUGACUGAAUAAUAUUGUCAAGGUGAAACUGCUUUAAACUCAAGUAUGUUUAACACACAUCUAUAUUCUCUACAGUAAUGCAAAACACGUAAGAGGCAAUGUCUUUCACAAUCACAUGCAUUAAUAAACCAUGACCCGCAUGAUGGAUGGGGGAAAGGGGAAAGCAGGGUGGUAGUGUCCUUAUUUGGUUUGGUGAAUUGAUCUCUAAAGGUAGAAUGGGAGAAUGGGAUCAUUUUUAAAUAGUUGAUAAGGAUGCAUUGAUACCGAUAGCGGCAUCAGUAAGUCCGAUUCUGUGCUCACUGACACUAUAUGAUGUACUUUGAGGAGAUAUGAUGGCAUUCAAAGCACUGCUCCAGGAAAAUAUCCACAGAAAUGUUUUGUUUAUUUAUAUAUUUUUGGACAAGUAACCUUAGAAAAUAUCUUGAACGUAAAACUUCAAAACGAAGAUGUCUACGCACAACGGCAGGUAAGUGAAAAUAUCAGCUCUUACCCAGUGUGAUGAUAAGCAGCUGCUGUUGAUCAGUGGCAGUGAAGGAUUCUCUCGCAGUGACACCUAGGUCUUCCAUCACGAUUCGAUUUGAUCCAUAAUACUGUGUUCACCAUUGGAUUCUCUGAAAAAUUUUUUAAUGAAGCAAAGUAAUAUUUUAAAAAAAUAAUAGUGUGUUUUUAUUUCCCAGUAAAAUGGCUAUCAACAGAGGUUUAUUCAAUUAUAAGUAUUGCUUCUCCUGAAACGGUGUAAAUUCUCUCAAAUUGUUGAUGGAUUAAUCAAAGUGUCUGACUGAAACAUAAGUUCUGUAGCAGAAAUAGAGCUCCAAAGUUGGCUAAGAUUCCUCACUUCCACAGCCUUGUUCUCAUGAUGAACGUAGUCUAAUGUUUGCAUUGUGACGUCACAAUAUAGCACAACGCUGCAAGUGGAAGCAAAUACGUAUUUUACAUACAGAAGUGUUCAAUUGAAGAAAAUACAAAACCCUCUCUCCUCAACUAGCUAAUGUUUAUAGAGUCUUUUCAUGGCCGUUAUUUAAACUGGGGCAACAUAAUGGAUUAUUAUACUGAGUUUAUGUCCCUAAUUUAUACUAUGUAGAUUACUCAUUUUGGCUUGUCUGAGCCCCAUCUGGUACACUGUCUGGGGAAAACAAAAAUGGUAUCAGUGCAUCCCUGUUAUUUAACUUGUAUCAUCAGCAAACCCAGCUGAUGUAUUUAAGGUAGCGAAGGAUCCCAGGAAGCCGGAGAUGGUGAGAGUGCUUUCCCUGUGAUCACCCAGAGCCUCCAUGGUGAUUGGGUUGUGUCAAAGCCUGUGCUCCUGAACCCCUAAAACCCCCGAGCCCUAACAGUUCACCCCUUGACCCCUGACCCCUCUCUGUGUUCCUCAAUCUUCCUGCUUAACCAAUUGGUGUUUCUUUUUUGCAGCAUUAUGAUCCUGGCCAUGUUGUGCUGAUGGUAAACUUAGUGGACGCACCGACCCUGUACCCAUCAUCGUCAAAUAUGAUGUCAUGGGAAUGGGACGCAUGGAAAUGGAGCUGGACUAUGCCGAGGAUGCAACAGAGAAGCGGCGAGUAUUGGAGGUGGAGAAAGAGGACACAGAGGAGUUGCGGCAAAAAUACAAGGAUUAUGCAGAGAAAGAGAAAGCCAUCGCCAAGGCGUUGGAGGACCUGAGAGCUAACUUUUACUGUGAGCUAUGUGAUAAGCAGUAUCAAAAACACCAGGAGUUUGACAAUCACAUCAACUCUUACGACCAUGCACACAAACAGAGGCUGAAAGAGCUGAAGCAGAGGGAAUUUGCCCGUAAUGUUUCUUCACGUUCCCGCAAGGAUGGAAGAAAACAGGAGAAGAUGCUGCGGCGUAUACACGAGCUGGCGGAGCAGAGGAAGCAGCAGGACUGUGUUCCUGGUAGCGGACCAAUGUUCAAACAAACCACAGUGGCAGUCGAUGGAGAAGAAGGUGGCUUCUCAAGCAUCGAUGGCAUUCCUAUGACCCCAGAUGGUGUGACGGAGGAAUCUUCAGGAGAGGAUAAAGGAAAUGCUGGUGGUUUUGGUCAAAACUCCCCAAAACUGGGACCAGCUAUCAGUUUUUCUCUUCGCAAGAACAGUUCCUCACCCACACCAAGUGGAGGAACCCAUACUCCCAAAGUUAGCGUGUCCUUCUCCUUUGCUAAGAAAGCACCUGUUAAACUAGAGACAGCUGCCGCUGUGUUUGCAGACCAUGGAGAGGAAGCAGUGGAAGGAGAGGAGGGCCAGGAAGAAGUAGUUGAAAAGAUGACCGUGGAGGAAGGAGGUACAGCAUCCAGCACUGACAGCCCGCAGAGUGCAUCAGGUGCAUCAGGUGCAUCUGGUGCAUCAGGUGCAUCAGGUGCCAUGGGUGGAGGGGAUGAACAGCCACAGUCUGAUGAUGGGGGAACCCUGGCCUCCACCCUUAACAAGCUGAAGAUGAUGAUGAAGAAGGAGGAAGGUUACUCCGGGCAGGAGCCGCAAUAUUAUCACUACAUGCCUCCUGCACAUUGUCGAGUGAAGCCUCAUUUCCAGUUUCUGCUCUUCAUGAAGGCUUCUGACCAGUGUGGUAGUCGGGAGGAAGAUGAGGAUGGGGAAGAAGAGCAGAAAGCAGUACAAGUGGAAGGAGAUGGAGGACAAAAAGAGUCUAAAGACAAUGAUUGCAAAUCAGAGAAGGACACUGUGAAAGAGCCUGUGAAAGAGCCUGUGAAAGAGCCUGUGAAAGAGCAGAGUACAAAUUCUUCUUCAUCGCCCAAAGUAAAAACAGAAGAAGUAUCAGAUAUCAUCCCAGGAGUAGUAAGCAAUGUAGAUUCCUCAAGCACUGUUUCCCAGUCAACUGAAGCAAAGCAAGGGUCAUCUGAACCUCAAGACACUGGCCCUCGCAUGCCAACAGGACCCUUUUUUCCUGUUUUAAGUAAGGAUGAGAGCACUACCUUACAGUGGCCAUCUGAACUCCUGGAGUUCACUAAGGCCCAGCCUUCACUAUCCUACAGUUGCAACCCCCUUUAUUUUGAUUUUAAGCUGUCCCGGAAUAAAGCCAAUAGAGGUGGCAAGGCAAACAAAGGUGGUAAACCUACUGAUGGUGGGGAGGGAUCGAAGGCAGAAGAUACCACUAGCAAUGCAGCCACAAGUAGAGAAACUAGCACAGCAACACCACCACCAGGUGGUGACAAAAAAGAUGAAUCUUCCUUGAAAGAAAAGACUGCAGAGGAUGAGAACAAAGACAAGAAGCUAGAAAACUCAGAAGAUAUAGUUGGAGGAUCCAAGAAAAAGAAAAAGAAGAAGAAACACAAGAAGUCAAGCAAAAGAGCCAAACGAAAAGAAAAAGAGAAAGUGGAGGGGGAAAUGGAGACAGAGACACCAGGAGAGAAGACCAAAAAGAAAAAGAAACACAAACGAAAGAAAAACAAAAAUAAAGUACGUGCUGAGGAUGAUGAGAAAGCAGGAGAAAGUAAAGAACAGAAAGACACAGAUGACAAAGGUGGAACCAAUUCCUCGGCUCAUACUGCAGGCGGGACUUCGACUUCAGAUGGAGGAAAGAGAAAGCGGCUACAUAAAGAAGUGUCGCAAAAGGCAGUCUCUCAAGAGGGGAGCACAGGAAAGCCCAACUCUUCAGAAGAGCACAGUGGUACAAAACGUCCCAAAACUGACGCAAGCACAUCAGUGGCAUCCUGCUCCGCUUCUGCCCAGAAAAGUCCUGUGGGCGGUCGACCUCCGACGAGUGAAAGUGACGAAGAUGGAGGGUCAGCAUCUCAGCGCUCACGCCGUCCUCACCGUCGUGCUAGCCCUCCACGUGAACGGCAUCACCGCAGUGAGGAAUCUGGACACUCGGGUCGAUCACGUAGUCGUUCCUCUCGCAGAGGAGACCAUAAUCAUCGACGUAACAGAGGGCAGACAUCUCGUAGUCGGUCGUAUUCAAGCAGCUCUGAGCGUUCCUCGGCAGGAAGCAGCGCUUACAGUCGCCGCAGCCACAGCUACUCGGACAGCUAUAGUGACUACAGUGAUGGAAAACGUCACCGCAGGACAAAAAGACGGUCUUCAGACUCUGAAUACGAGAGGAGAGGUGGUGGACGGUCACGCAGACGGCAUUACUCCUCCUCGUCUUCAGAAGAAGACUCUCGUUCACGUUCGCGCUCGCACAGCCGCAGAAAGCACCAUAGACGGAGGCGCCAUCACAGCAGCAGCCGCAGUUACAGUCGAAGCAGCAGGAGCAGCAGUGCUCGCUCAUACCGACGCAGCAGCUACAGCCGCAGUGGCAGCUCUGUCAGUCGCUCGUCCAGCUCCACCAAAGGCUCACCACACCGGCAUGGUCAUACCCGGCGGGCUGACAGCUCUUCACGGAGACGUGAUUUUAACCGCUCUCGUAUCUACCGAUCACAGUCUCCGAGGUCUUCCUCGUCCCGUGCGCAGCCACGAACAAGCAACUCAACACAAGUAACUAAAGGGAGUGGGGGAGGAGGUGGUGCCUCAGAACAUCGGAACUCUCUCACUGCAAGGCAGCUUCUCGAAAAAGUCCAGUCUCGCAAGGGAGGUGAAGAUUCUGGAACAGGAAGCAAACCAGGCAACAAAAUCAAGGACCCUCCACAGGGCUACUUUGGGCCCAAGCUGCCCCCUGUACUUGGAAACAAGAACAUGUUGCCCCUGUUUGGUAAGCUGCAAGCUGGGAAGAAACCUUCAUUACUUUCUGUUAUGCGAACAGAUGAUGGGGAAAAGUCAGGGCUUGGAAAGGGUUCUGAUACAAGUAAUGAGGUGAUUCUUGUGGAGCCCAUUCGUGAGUUUCCUCCUCCACCCCCACCACCACCUCCACCAGUCCAGCAGCAGCAGCAGCAACAACAACUGGUGGAGGAGUCCCACUCAAAUACUGUGGCUUCAGAUGAGGUCAGAAACCAAGCCUCAGAACCCCAAGUUCUUCAUGAAUCACGGUCAGUUUUUGAGCAGGAUUCAGCUAAGGUUAUGCCUGCAUACCAGGCUGAGCCUGGACAAGACCCCAACAACCCAAUGAUGGAUGGGUGUAUUCUGGGAUCAGACAUGGGCCAGCAAACAGCCAUGCAUGCCUAUCAAGGCUACGGAGUGCCCAAUAUGGAAGAGGAGGACAUGGGCAUGGAGGCUGAAGAGGAUGGCUUGGCACCACUGGAGAGCCAGCCAAUCACAUUUACCCCAGAGGAGAUGGAGAAAUACAGUAAGCUACAACAAGCAGCGCAGCAACACAUCCAGCAGCAGCUUCUAGCAAAACAGGUGAAAACUUUCCCCUCAGCUGCAGCCGCUGCAGCAGCGGCUAAUUUAGCAGCUGCUGCCAGCCUUGCCCCUGCGCCUCCUCCACCACCUGCUGCGCUACAACCAAUCCACAUACAGCAACCUGCUGUAUCUGCAACUUCAGCCACAUCAAUUACAACAGUGCAACAUGCCAUACUGCAGCAUCAUGCAGCUGCUACGGCAAUGGGCAUUCACCCUCACACUCCACACCACGCCCAUCCUGCUCAUGCUCAGCUCGCCCAAGUACACCAUAUACCCCAACACCAUCUCACCCCUAUUUCUCUGUCACCUUUGGGCCAUACAUUAGGCCACACUUUAGGCCACUCAUUAGGGCACACUGGCCUGAUCCCAGCCCACCCUUCUGCCUUUCUCCCUGGUCAACCAAUCCACAUAAUCCCAGCGUCUGCGCUCCAUCAUGCCCCAUUAGCUUUGCAUCAUGUCCCCCACGCAGCCCUUUACCCUACUCUCUUUGCACCACGGCCAGCCACUGCAGCUGCAGCAGCAGCUCUGCAGCUUCACCCACUUCUUCACCCCAUUUUCUCAGGGCAAGACCUUCAGCACCCUCCUAACCACGGAUCGUGAAAAACAAGGCCUGUUCUUUCUUUACAAAAGUUGAAGUCCUUUUUUUUUUUUUAGGGGUGUGAGAGGUAGCCUUGCUUCUAGGUAUCAGUCCUCUUUCCAUCAAUGGUUGCCUCUCAAAUAUAACAUCAGUUGGACAAUUAAAAGGGUAAAAGAAAAAACAAUUAGAUGAAAUUCUGGCUUCUUUCUAAUAAAAAAUUGUAGGGCGGUAGAAGACAAACACCAAAUUGUUUCCCAACAAUUAUGAACCUGAGGAUUUAUUGCAAAAUGAGUUUUUUUGCAGCUGUUAAGCCUGCCACUGGAUCCGUUUUUGGUUGUUGUUUUUUUUGUAACAGUCUGUUAAACUAUAUAUUAUUCUUUAUGGUCUUAUUUUAACCCUGCAGCUAAAGAGACUUUCUGUGGAUAGUAAUGGUGCAGACAUAUAAUCAAGAAUUAUCGUAAACACCCUUUCUCCUUCAAGUUGAAGAACCAAAACAAGAACAGGAAUUAUGUGAGAGGGAUUGAAGCCAUAUUUCAUACCCGAUGUAACUUUCAAUGGUUUGCGAUGAAAAUGAAGAAAACUAAACACAACUGAGGCGCUUAACCUUGAUGUCGAAUGAUGUUGACGUUCGUUCUGUUACACUGUCUUGGGUUGCCCCUAUGCUCUGAUGGACUUAAGUUGCACUGAAACAUGGACAUCGAGAUGCUGCUUUUGCAUCGUUUAAGAACUGUAUGAUUGUAGUAUUCUGCAAUAAUUUUUUUAUUUGAUUUUAAAUUAUUUUCCAGUUUUUUUGAGCUUUCCCUUGUGUAAUUAAAACUUUGUAAAUAGUUAUCAAAGUAUUGUAAAAUAAGCUGCCUUUGUAACUGUUUAAAAUUAGUACAAAAAGGAUGAAUUAAAAAAAAACAAAAAAAACCUAAACACAGAGGGCAAGAAAACAUAAUUUGAUCAGGGCCGGUACAAUAGUGCGUAAACCUGCUGUAACUGGAGCGGUCAUCAGGUGAGUCUGUGAUGUAGAGGGACUUGGGGUUGGGGGUGUUGCUGCAUAAUAAAUUGAUUAAAUGGAAGCAACAAUAUUUACUUUUUUAUUCUUAAUUGAUGUGUCAGAAAAUAAAGCAUUUUGAGACCUUAA